AUGCGGCGCACCUGGACACAGUUCAACAUGACAGAGGCAGAGGCUGAGAGGGCGCACAAGCUGGGCACAGAUGAUAACGGCAUAGUGAGGAGGUACAGCCACAAAGUUGACAAGACCCAGAUGCGCUGCAGCAUGGAUGCGCUGGGGCCAACACUGGAGCUGGCACCGCCUGCGAUUGAGCAGGAGUUCAAGGAUGUGGCAUAUAGCUGUGCCAGCGGCCUCAGCGUGUUCCACGCAGCUGGACUGGAAAAUUACGAUGUCAAGGAGUCAAACACAGCCUGGCUCAAUCAGAGAAACCGCAGCAGUGUAGCGCUGCUAGAUGUCGACACUGCUAGCCCUUUGGACAGGAAGUCCGCCGCACGAAUUGUCUGA